GUGGAAUAGGGCGGAAAACACAGACAGAAGGAAGGAGACAAACGGAGAAAAAGAGAGAGAGAGAAAGGUGGGAAGGGCAGAGACACAGACGGAUAUCGAACUGGUAUUUCCAGCAUCCUUCAAUUUAGACAUUCAGCUCCAGUCCAGCCAAGCAAAUCAGAGCAGUAUGAGUGUAUCCAGCAGUGGAGCUGCGCUGGUGCAGCAGGUUUAUCCAUUCCAUGAUGGCUGGAACAUCGCCUGCUUCAUCAUCCUGCUACUCUUCAUCCUCACCGUCCUCUCCCUUGCCACGCUGGCUUUCCUCUACGAGUUGCUCGACUGCGGCUGCUUUGCAAAGUCCAAAACCGCCCAUGACCGACGCAACCAGAACGAUGAGGUUGUGUAGCCAACGAGAGGAAACCAGCCAAACAGCAUGAUAAACAAACCAGGAGAGGCUGCAAAAAUGCCACAAAGAGCUACGAGAGAGACUGGACAGUGCUCUGAAACACAGACACACACACAGGAUGCCAAGACUGAAGGAAUGAGCAGUGCACUGAAGGAGCUCUCGAUUGGUCAUAAACAUACAAGUCUGUACAAAAUGUCAUUCUUUUAUUUCUUCUCUGAUCUGUUUUGGUGAGUUAUAACAGCAUUUUGUUCUGUCCUCUCUGGAAAUACCACAAAUUUUACUAAAGGUCUUUAGUAAUGCCUCUGAAACCAAUUCAUCUUGACCACUCAUUAAACAUAUAAGAAUUGGGGGCAACAGGAGGUAACCAUGCACAGUUUAAAUGAAACUUUGCUUUCAGUCAUUAGCCAGAUUAAUAAAACUACAACUGCCAAUAGGUCC